AUGGCUUCUGUGCAUGUUCCAACAUUAGCUCCAUCCUCGAAGGAGACGGCUAAUUAUGCAAGAUUAUGUCGCCUUUUAGUAGAUGGAGGCACCAAGGCGUUGAGGUACACCUUUGACAAGUUCCACUCCCCAGCAAACCUGUUUAAUAUUUUGAAAGCUGGUUCUGCAGAACAUUCAACUCUGCAGUCCAUUAGAAAAAGGAAAAUCAUCAAUGCCACACAGUGGGGCAAAUUGUUUCCCUCUCCUCCUUCGUCUGUAACAUCAGAAGACUUUGACAUUACGCUACUGGUGGUGCUUCUGAGGAAUAUAUGUGGUCUGCCUGCUCCUGCCACAGGCUGGGACAGUUUGCCACCUGCUUCAGACAAGAGUGUUGAGGCUAACAUAGCCAGAGUUAAGCACUAUAGGAACGCUGUCUAUGGGCAUGCCAGCCAGGUGUCUGUGGAGGAUCCAAAAUUUAAUUCCUUGUGGCAGGAUGUAAGUGCCACACUGGUCGCACUUGGUGUAGAUGCAGCUGCUAUCGCAAAACUAAAAACUGAGCCUAUGGAUCCAGACAAGGAGACGCAUUACCGAGAGCUGUUAAAGGAAUGGAAGAAAGACGAAGAUAACAUUAAGGACCAACUUAACAGAAUGGAAGGUAUCUUAACUAGUGUCUUGGGUAAAUAAGUGUAUAUAAAUAGGAUAUAGUAUGUAAAUAUACUAUUGCAAAUUUUGAAAUGAAUGUUUUAAGUUUUGCUGAGGAUAAUUAGAACAUCUAGUUUUACAUUUGUACACACUUUUCUUACACCUUAAUUAGUGGGGCCAUCCCUAGUAUUGUGCAUUAGCGGUUUUGGUGUUCGCCUUCUCCACAACUUUUCUUUAAAGUGGCGAUUAAUUUAAUUCAAUUUAUUAUCAGCUUGUAAUUUAGUGGAGAGAGUCUGUAACAAAUACUGAACGAUACGAAUGGGCUGUGGACGGGAAUGAAAGCUUCGAAUUGGACAAAAAUUAACUUCCAUCUACAAAGGAAACAUUCUAUACCUAUAAACUGGCAUUUAACCUCUGAAUGCCGAUAAGACGACCACUUACAAGCUCUUUAAUUUUUUCAACUGAUAUGAUUUUAACUUGUCCUUAACAAAAGGUGUUUGAUGAAAGCCUAAUUUUGCCUAGUGCAUUCUUCCCCUGACAGAUAGAACAAGAGAAGAGCUAAAGGAGAUAAAAAACAAGAUGGAAAGCAUCAGUGAAAACUUGAAGACUUUACAGGAAUCUCCGACCCGCGAGGAAGGUCAGUUUCCCCGACCUGUAGCCCGCUAUGUAAGGCCAGAAUUGCUGAUCGAUCAAUGACCAUUUGUCUGUAUCGCUCUUGGCCCCAAAAAAAACAAUUCUGUAUCCAGCAAGGAAUUUCUCAAGAAGAUCCCAUAUUGCUGCAAUUUAUUCAUUUGCCUUCAAUAAAAAUUGUGAUUCUUUCAGCGAGUGACAUGACAGAUGGCACACCUUGGACUAGAACGAAACGCCCUAGGGUGUUUAUAGCUCCCUGCUAGAAUGCAUGGCGGGUAUCUCGGUUUCAAAUGUACCGAGGGGUAGCAUAACUUAAUUUAAAUUUGUAGCAAGUAUUUUUGUUUUGCAGCAGUAUUUUUAUUUGCUGCAUGUCCCUUGCGGGUCACGGUAGUUACUCUCCCCAGAUGAAAAAAAGAUGCAGCCUUUCAAACCCAGCAAGCACGCGAGAAAAUACCCUAACAUCUUAGCAGGAAGAAGUUCAUAACCACGAAUAUAAUUGCCCUGCUUCUCACAAAUUCAAGAGGCCUGCUAAAAGGCGGCCUUUAAACAAAAAAGAGGGCCUUUGUUAUGUUUCGUGUCCUUUAUACUGAAGGGACCCCUCACAGCAGGUGUAGUCUGGGAUGUUUUACGCUUGCUUUAAAUGGUGCACAUAGCCAGGAGAGAAACUAAUUGUUAAAAGGUACGUUUUGUUUUUGCAAAUCGCCUUCUCCUAGCAUGAUUCUACAGGCUGUUCUAUUCAUUUGUGUUACGGACUUUGAAAGUAGCAAACCAAAUUGUUUAAGACAAAUGUCUAAACCAAACAACUGGAGAACUGACAAUUUGACUAACAAUAGACGACUGUUUAACUGUGACAAUAGACGGAUCGAAACGCACCAAUCACUGAUUACGAGUCUUCAUAGCCAAUAACAUCACGGCUUAACUGACAGACGACCAAUAACAUCACGACAUAAUUGACCAACCAGAUCAAUAACCAGAGUAUGAUACCAUCAACUGACGUGAUACAACUCACUUUGACUCUGAAGAUGACUACCGCACAGGUUGUCGAAACGUCAGUCACUGUCAACAACAACAGUCCUAUUCAGGACUACGUUCACCCGGACGAUCAAACUCAACCUUUUAUCUAAACCAAAGUUUGGCUCUCAUUUAUUAUCAACAGUUGAUUUGGCUGCCGAGCAUAUUGAAAUCAUUCGCCAGAAGUACAAACGUCAUGAGGGAUGGCUCACGCCCUUUCCUUGGUGCGAAGACUUUCAGUUUCAACUAGGCAGUAUUUAUACACGGCUUCGUAUGGUCAGCAGAGAGAAAAAAGCGAGAGCAACAGCGGAGCAAAGAGCUGUUGAAACGACUGAAAUCUUCAAACCCCACGAAGAGUGCAAACAACCUAGAAAAGUAUUGAUUGAAGGAAAUCCAGGUAUAGGAAAGACGACAUACUGCAAUAAGGUUGCUUACGACUGGGCUAUAAACAUAAAAAACGAAGGAGGUUGCUUUCCGGAAUUCGAGAUGGUGCUCUUGCUGAAAUGCCGUGAUGUCGAGAUCGAGUCCGACCUUUGGGGAGCUAUUGAUGAUCAGCUUUUGCCAGUUGAAAUUCAGCGAAAGGAAAGAGAGAAAUUCUUCGAGUACAUUCGGCAAAAUCAAUCAAAGGUUCUACUGAUACUUGACGGAUUGGACGAGUUACCUCCGGACAAACUGCCGGAGUUUACGGACAUCAUACAAGGUAAAAUGCUUCCUCUCUGUCACCUUGUGGUUACAGCACGACACGAGGCUGGGAUAGCUAUGAGAAAGGUUUGUGACACUCUGCUAGAGAUUGAAGGUUUCACUUAUCAAGAUAGCGAAGAAUUUAUUCUCAAAUAUUUUGCCGGCAAGGAAGAUUUGGCCGAAAAGCUAUUGGAUAAGAUACGGAAUGAGAAAAGGCUUGAAGAGAUGACAGCGAACCCGUUAAACACUGCACUGCUUUGCCUUCUUUGUGAAGACUUUCAAGGUAUUUUACCUGAAAGUAGAACUCAGUUGUAUGUCGAAGUAGUACAAUGUGUUCUUAUCAGAAACAGGAAAAAGAAAGGUUUUCCAGUCGAAAAUGAUCAGGAUUUUAUUGAAAUCUACAAAGAUCAGUUGAAACGCCUUGGUUUGAUAGCUUUAAACGGCCUGUAUGAAGACGACAUGUACUUUGAAGACAAAAAGCUUUCAAAAAAAGAUGCCGACCUACCUGGAUUUGGGUUUCUAUCAGCUCAACCAGGAAGCAGCAAACGAAGACCAUGUAUGUGCUACGGCUUUACGCAUAAGAGUUUUCAAGAAUUCUUCGCAGGACAUUAUCUUUGUUGCCAGCUUGUUAGCAAAAUAACCAGUCCUGAAAUAUUGGUCACUGACACAAGAUAUUUCCGAGAGCUAAGAGAGGUAUUGAAAUUUACCUGUGGUCUGCUUGCAGUGAGGUCUGAAGAAAGUGCAGUAGCCCUAAUCAACUGCAUAGCGAAUGAGGUAAACAAAGCUGAUGUGGAAGAAUGUUUACCUGUUGCACUUGAGUGCAUUAAAGAAUGCAAAAUUGAAAACAGUUGUUUUCAUAUACACUUGGCACGUACAUUUGGCGCAUGUCUGAAGGUUCAACAGGCUCAGGCGCGUAAUCAUGGAGUUAUAGAUGACGCUGCUGCUGCUGUGCUUGCUUCCGUGCUUGAAGCAAACACAACUCUCACAAAUUUGGAUCUCCAUGGCAAUAACAUUGGUGCUACCGGUGCUGAGUCACUUUCUACAGCGCUUAAAACAAACACAACUCUGACACAUUUGGAUCUGUCUGGCAAUAACAUUGGUCCUGGCGGUGCUGAGUCACUUGCUACAGCGCUUAAAACAAACACAACUCUGACACAUUUAGAUCUCCAGGGCAAUAACAUUGGUGCUGGCGGUGCUGUGUCACUUGCUGCAGCGCUUAAAACAAACACAACUCUGACAAAGUUGGAUCUCCAGGGCAAUAGCAUUGGUCCUUUCGAUGCUGAGUCACUUGCUACAGCGCUUAAAACAAACACAACUCUCACAAAUUUGUGUCUGUCUUAUGGCAAUAACAUUGGUCCUGCCGGUGCUGAAUCACUUGCUAAAGCACUUGAAACAAACACAACUCUGACAGACUUGGAUCUGUCUGGCAAUAACUUUGGUCCUGUGGGUGCUGAAUCACUUGCUACAGCGCUUAAAACAAACACAACUCUGACACAUUUGGAUCUGUCUGGCAAUAACAUUGGUCCUGGCGGUGCUGUGUCACUUGCUACAGCACUUAAAACAAACAAAACUCUGACAAAUUUGGAUCUCCGGAGCAAUAACAUAGGCCCUUUCGAUGCUGAGUCACUUGCUACAGCGCUUAAAACAAACACAACUCUCACAAAUUUGUAUCUGUCUUAUGGCAAUAACGUUGGUCCUGCCGGUGCUGAAUCACUUGCUAAAGCGCUUGAAACAAACACAACUCUGACAGACUUGGAUCUGUCUGGCAAUAACAUUGGUCCUGCGGGUACUGAAUCACUUGCUACAGCGCUUAAAACAAACACAACUUUGACAGAUUUGGAUCUGUCUGAAAAUAACAUUGGUCAUGCCGGUGUUGAAUCACUUGCUACAGCGCUUAAAACAAACACAACUCUGACACAUUUGUAUCUGUAUCACAAUAAGAUUGGUCCUGCCGGAGCUGAGUCACUUGCUACAGCGCUUAAAACAAACACAAUUCUGACAAAAUUGGAUCUGUCUGACAAUAACAUUGGUUCUAGCGGUGCUGAGUCGCUUGCUACAGCGCUUAAAACAAACACAACUCUGACAAAUUUGGAUCUGUCUGACAAUAACAUCGGUCCUGCCGGAGCUGAGUCACUUGCUACAGCGCUCAAAACAAACACAACUCUGACAAAGUUGACUGUGUCUGGCUGGCAAUAA